AUGGGAGACCCGAAGAGGCUGUUGACGGGCUCGGGGGGACACCGGAGCAAGAGCUCCGACGUCGAGGAGGGACUGUUGCCUCUCGCGCAGAACGGGUCGGGUGCGCAGUACGAGAAGGGUGCGAAUGGGCACGGCGCAGGACGACGGAGGAGCUCUGUCGGCGUCAACGACUUGGGCGGAAGGGUGCUGGGCGUCGUUGCGAGGACGAGCUGGACGAACCGAUUCGUCUUCGUCGCACUCGUCCUCUUCUGCCUCAAGGUCGUCCCCUUACCGUACAUCUUCUCCACUCCCUCACUUCCUCACCCCAUUCCCAGCCUCAUCGCCCGCGCCGAAGCCGAACACGCCCGUCGGCUCGCGAGCGAGCCCCAAACUCUCGAAGAAGCCUACGCGCGCUACACCGCUCGCCACGGUCGUCGACCGCCCAAAGGCUACGACGGGUGGUACAACUUUGCUGUGCAGCGGGGCGCGUGCAGGAUCGAUGGGUUUGACGAGAUGUAUCGCAGUUUGCGGGUGUGGUGGGGACUCGAGGGGAGCGAGAUUCGGGAUAGGAUGGACAGGUUGGGAAAGGCGGGACAUGGGGGGCUAGGGAGGGUGCGGAUACGGAACGGGAGGCUCGUCAGGUGGAGAGAGAUGAUUGACGAGGGUCUCGGAGUGGGCGCGGCGAACCUCGAGGGAUCGCAGGCGCGCACGGCGUGGGAGGAGAUGCUCGACGAGUUGAUCAGGGAGGGUGUGCGGUUACCAGACGCCGACUUCUUCAUCAACCACCUCGACGAGCCGCGUGUUGUUAUGCCCUACGAGUUGCGGACAGACCUCGAGAGCCGAGGAAAACGACGAAGACCCCGCUCGCCCGAACCCGAAGAACCCGUCUUCUUCGACCUCGGAUGGUCAGGCGCACGGCCAGCCUACGACACGAUUCGGCAGUCCUGUCCCCCUUCCUCAGCCGCUCGCCGCGCCGCCCUCUCCCCCGCACCCGGCACAAAACCGCACGUCUCGCAACGGUACACCUCGGCCUUCACCGUCCCUCCUCAACUCGGCUCUUUCCUCUCAAACGCCGAACUCGAGCGCCGGUCGUGGUGCGACCAGCCCGACUUGCAAGAGCUCCAUCAGACUUUGAUCCGCCCGCUCAGCUUCAGCUGGUCGGAGCAGCCUUUCCCGGUCUUUUCCAACUCGAAGCUCGAGGGUUUCAACGACAUCCUCGUGCCGACGUGGUACCAUUGGUAUCAAGAGAUGCCCUACCAUGAGCAUGAAGACGUUGAGUGGAAGGGCAAGGCGAAUCAGCUGUACUGGCGCGGGACCAACACGGGCGGCAGGUCGGUCGGCCUGAGCUGGAUGGGAUGGAUGCGCUCUCGCCUCGUCAGCAAGAUGAACCGCCUGAUCGAGUGGCGGCACUACGACCAGGUCAUCCUCGCCGGACCCGACAACAAGACUCUUGCGAUGACUUUGCCCUCCUCCGCACUCAAUACCGCCCUCGCCGACGUCGCGUUUGCCUCGCCCGACCGACACGGCGACAGCGAGUCGCUCGAGACGCAGUCGACCGAGCCCUCGUUCCGCUUCACCGGCCUCGUUCCGUUCGCCAACAACUUUCUCUUCAAAGCCAUCCUCGACAUGGACGGGACGGCGUACUCGGGACGCUUUCCGGCGCUGAUGGCGUCGCGGUCGGCGGUGAUCAAGUCGCGCCUAUUUCUCGAGGCGUUCGACGACACCCUCAUCCCGUGGUACCACUACAUCCCCCUCUCGAUUCGCUUCUCGGAGCUCUACAACCUCCUCGCCUACUUCUUCGGCCUCGCCUCGGUCCCCUCCAUCGCCGAAACGCAAGGCUUUCCAGCGCCGUCCUCGCGGGACUUUAACGCGAUCCGCCGCGGCCGGGCGCACGAGGAGGAGUUAUACGCCGUCGCGAUGCGCGGGCGGGAGUGGGCGCAGAAGUGUGCGAGGAGGGACGACGCGCUGAUUUAUGCGUACUUGCUUGCGCUCGAGUGGGCGAGGAUCACGGCCGACAACCGCGAGUCGGACCAGUGGUCGCUCUUGCUAUAG